AUGGUGGCUUCAUCAACGAGGCAUCACUACUCAUCGCUGCAACGAGCUACUUCAGCCGACGACAAUUCCGCCGAGGAACCAUGGAGUGACAUUCACAAGACACAGCUGCACAGGACAGCCCUCAGCUGGUCUCUGUUACUCUUCACAGCCAUGCUAGGCUUUGCUGUAGGUCUCAUCGUGAACCUCACUAGAACGGGGGCUUCUAUGGAUGAGAUAUCUUGGUCUUAUGGUAUACUAGCGAGGGAUCUUCCGACACUGAAGAAAACACGCACGCGCUUCGACGGUUCUUUCGAGUUCUCUGGCCAAUAUCGUGGCCCGCCGAGUCCCGAGAUUGACCGAGAAUGGGAUCGAUUUACUUUUAAUCGUUGGGCUGAUGGCACAGCGUCAGUAAUCGCAGUCAACGAGGACGAUAUCAAGCGUGCCGGCAAGUUGGCAGACGAAGAUUGGCCGAAUACUACUGUAGAAUACGGCAAGAACAUGCUGCGUAAGGCUGUCCACCACGACUAUUAUGAGAACAUGCGUCCGCUGCCGAACGGGACCUUUCCUCAUAUUCUUCGUACUCAUCUCGGUACGCAAUCCGAAUAUUCUACUUAUUUCCCUUAA